CGCUGCCUGGGUAAAAGUGGGCGGAGCCUGUCCUCUGGAAUUUAGCAACCAGUUCGGGGCAGAAGGACAAUUGUCUGGGUUAUAUAAACCUUUGGUCGACGUUUGGUCCUCAUCAUAAGGCUUUCAGAUCGCCUAGUAGCCAGCUUCUCCACCGCCAAAAUGCGUUUCGUGGCACUCAUCUUCCUAGUGUUCGUCGGUCUGGCAGCAGCCCGACCCCAGCAGACGGCGACCAGAGGAAACCAGAGGAUCUUCGGUAACCUCCUCGGAGCCGCUGCGGGAGCCGUCCAAGGCUUCUUCAACCCAUACGGAUCAUACGGAGGAUACGGUGGCUACGGCGGCUAUGGCGGCUACGGCGGCUACGGCGGCUACGGCGGAUAUGGUGGAUACGGUGGAUAUGGUGGUGGAUAUCCUUUCUACGGCUGAUUAUCCAAGAUUGAUUUGACUGCCAUUUUUUUUUCUCCCCCCAAAAAAAAGAUUUUUUUAUAACUGAUAAAUUUUCUACAUCUUAAGUAAAUUUUGUUAUUUUCAUGUUUUA